GGAGGUAGUAGGAGAUGAUGGAAAUGUAGAGGGAUGGACAUCUUUCUGCAAUCAGCAGGCUUUUGUUUUUUAGAACUGGAGAAAUAACUUUCAGUAUACUUCAAGUUAUAGGAGAAGGGUGGAAACUUGGAUGCUCUCUUUUUCCCUCAAUUUCCUUCUCUGCUCUCUCUCUCUUGCUCUCCCUCUCCCCUUCUCUGCUGUUAGAAUCCCAGUACCAUUCAGUCCAGGGGAGACACCAGCCAGACAUACAAUCUGAUUCUGAAGGAAAGAUGAGGCACCACUUGAUUCUUCACCUGUCAUGUGUGAGUCUGGUUAUGCUCUGGGGCCAUGGCUGUGCCAGGCAUGUGCCAAUGGUCUACAGCAUCUCCAUGGAUGGCAGUGGUGACGGAGGGGAGCCAGAUCUUAUAUUCCCCGUUGAUAGCCCCCAUCACCCUGUCUCCCCCACCGUCGAUGUCGCCCCCACCGUCGAUGUCGGCCCCGUUGAUGUCUCCCCUGUCUCCCCCACCACUACCCUAGCCCCCACCCGGGUCAGCACCAUCACCAACACCAUCACCACCACCAUGAUCCGCCUCAAGGACUUUAUGGUCACCCGGGUGGUGAACUUCCUCCAGGAUAAUAUGCUGAUCAUCAUCGUGGUGACCUCCCUCCUAAUUGUCAUGAUCUUCAUCAUCUGCUGUGCCGCUACCAUGAGCCAAAAGCGCAAGUUGGAGGCCUACAAACCCCCUGCCAACUCACCCAGCAAGUCCAUGGACCACACGGCGGAAGGAGUCAAAUCCUCCAGUGAGGUCCAGAGUAGGGUGUGUGGCGGGCCUGACUCAGCCAGGAGGGUCCAGAUCCAGGGAACCCCCAAGAAUCUGCGCACCCCUUCUGCUGCGCUGGUGGGGGAAAAGGUGGGCAAGGAGCCCAAACCGAAGGAGGUCCAGAAAGUGAAGGAUGUAGAGGAGAAGGAGACGCGAAGAGUGGAGCCUAAGCACAAAGGGCAGAAGACUGAGGAGGUGCAGCAAUGUCCCAGCACCAGCCAGCCUAUGGUCUGCACCUGCCACCUGAGGAAGGCCAACCACUAAGUAUAGGUUGGGGCUCCAACCAUGUAAACUAGCAAAAAAAAGGAGAGAAUCCUUUUCUUGUGCGGAGGGAACUCCCUGGGUACGUCCGCUGCUGUGUGCCAAACUUGUAUGUGGAAUCUGACCUUGUGGAUACCUUUUAGCAUACAGAUACUGUACAAUUAGGUCUAAAGAGCAUACUAUCAGGCCUUAAAAACAUAAGGAAUUUCAGCCCUGACUGUCCUUUUUGAUAUAUCUGAUAAAUUAUUCCUCCUAUACUUGUUGUAGAAAACAGUCAUUGUGAAAUAUGAGAUUUGUUCAUCAAUUGAUAGCUUUCAAAGCGACAUAUCAAAACAUAUACCAAGACAGUGUUUAUAGGAUGUUUGCAUGUUAUUACUGUUGGGAAAUUGUACUGCUCAGCUAAGCUUAACUAAAGAGAUGACGGAAAAAAGAAAGUUAUCUUCUGUGAACGAGAGAAAGCCAAGCUUAUGUCUGUUUGCUAACUCUAUGGUGAUAACCUGGCCAGUUGAUUUCAACACAGUAAAUGAUUGAUGUGAGAAAAUGUAUUUUCUUUUAGCAAUGGACUUCUUUUUCUCUUUUACUUCAUUAGAAAUGUUACAAUUAUAUACAUGUCACACUGGGUGCUUUGUGGAUUAAUAUUGACGAGAAUUUGCUAAUGCUAUAUGGAUAGACGGUAGAGCUGCUUUUGUUUUUGUAUUACAUUAUCUAUUUUUGCGAACAUCAAAACAACUGUGAUUUGCAGGUGCGACUAUAUGGUUACAAAGGUCAGUGCAAGUUUUUAUUAAAAAUGGACUUACAAUA